AUCACCGUUCUCUUUUGCCAUAUUUGUUGUUCGAAGUCCAAAACCAUUGGAAGAAGUGGAAAAGAAUGGCCUUUUCAACUAGGUGCUGCCUCAACAUGUCCCCUCCAACCCCAAAUCCUCAGUUAGACAACUCUUGUUCCAACACCAAAGGAUCCCAAGUUGCAUGGCCAAGGAAUGAUAAAUGGAAAACGGGAUGUGUAAUAGGGUUAGCCUGCAUGAUAAUUGGAUUAGAAGCAAGUGAUGUAAGUAAGACUAGCGCGGUCGCUGAAGAGAUUCCAACGGUUAUUGUUUUAGAAUCGAAUUCCAGAGUAGCGAGGUGGAGUGACAAAAGAAUGUGCCCUCCAUGGCAGGCUAAUUCUUUGGAAACAAUCGUGCCCGAGAAUCUCCCGAGGCCAUCGGCUCGUCGGAAAUGGGAGGGUAUCGGUUUCUCAAACAAUGCCCCAGCAACCAAAGUGACAAUAGCUAGGGAAACAAGAGCUGGUUGCUUCUCUAUGUAAAUUUCUACAUCGUUGUAUACAUCAAAUCAAAUACCUUUUAAAUUGUGAAAUUAAUGGUAUAAAUGGUUAAAUACCAAAAUUUAUUAGUUUCAUAAUUUGGUAUUAUUGUUUUCAAUAGGAAUUAUGGGGAAUUGCAGUACUCGUUUGGUGUUAUUUGAGUUUGGUUUUGUAGUACACAUGCAGUACAAAUUGAAUGAAUAUCUAAGGUUAAAAUA